UCUUAUGACCUGGGUAGGGCUCCCUUUAAAAGCCCUGUCAUCCUUGCAUUACUUACAGUACUGCAGUACUACAACAAGCAACUGCAUCUACUUACCAACACAACCACAUGAGAGACAGCUUCAAUGGGUUUUGACGUUGGUAAAGUAGAGCUCCACUGUGAGAAGAACAACACAGCCCACAACACCAAUGACAUCUCAGUGAACAGACUGAUAGUCAGGAGAGGCCAGUCCUUCCUGGUCACCUUUGACUUUCAUGGCCCCUUCAGAUCCACAACAGACUUACUGGAGCUGACGGUGGAGACAGGGCCCCAGCCUUCAGAGGCAUUGGGGACCAGGUCAGUGUUCGGGCUACCUGAAGGCCGUGGGAAGGGUUCCUCCUGGAAGGUCAAGGUUCACCAGGGCUCAGUGCUCCCGGUGGGUUCAAUCACCCUGGACAUCACCAGCCCAGCAGACGCCCCAGUGGGAGAGUACAGCCUGUCUGUAAAGACCAGCGCCACUGCCUCAGUGGGCAGCAGCCUUGGCAAGCUCCUUCUGCUGUUUAAUCCCUGGUGCCAAGAGGACUGGGUGCAUCUACCUGAGGAGGAGGAGAGGCAGGAGUAUGUGAUGAGAGAACAAGGCCUGGUGUACAAAGGUUCUGAAAAAUACAUAGGCUCUAUGGCGUGGAACUUCGGACAGUUUGAAGACGAUAUAGUGGACAUUUGCCUGAAGCUGCUUGACGUGAAUCCCAAGUGUUUGAGUGACCCCGCCAAGGACUUCUCUGCUCGUUGUAACCCCAUCUAUGUCAGUAGGGUGGUCAGUGCCAUGAUCAACGCUAACGAUGACAGAGGUGUCCUGAUGGGGCGGUGGGAUGGUCAAUACGAUGGUGGCAUGUCCCCCACUCACUGGAACGGCAGUGUGGAGGUACUAAGGAGGUGGCUCAAAUAUGGUGGUAAUCCAGUAAAGUAUGGCCAGUGUUGGGUGUUCGCCGCUGUAAUGUGCACAGUACUGAGGUGUUUGGGAAUCCCAUGUCGAGUGGUUACAAACUUCCAGUCAGCCCACGACACUGACAAAAACCUGACAAUUGACGACUUCUUCUCCGACUAUGGAGUCAGACCCAAAAAGAGCCCCGACAGUGUAUGGAACUACCAUGUGUGGGUGGAGGCCUGGAUGACACGGCCCGAUCUCUCAGCAGGCUCCUUAUACGAUGGCUGGCAGGCUGUGGACCCCACCCCCCAGGAGAAAAGCACUGGUGUUUACUGCUGCGGCCCUGCUCCAGUCAAGGCCAUACUGCAGGGUCACGUUGACCUCAAAUACGAUGUGCCCUUUGUCUUCGCCGAAGUCAACGCCGACCGUGUAACCUGGAUGGUGUUCGCUGACGGCUCCAAGAAAAAUAUCUUCACGGACAGUGUGUCCGUAGGCCAGAACAUCAGCACCAAGGCAGUGGGCAGCGACAAGAGAGUGGACAUCACGGCCAACUAUAAACAUGCAGAGGGCACGGAAAAGGAGAGAGCUGUGUACAGUCAAGCUGUGAAAAAAGUCAACAUACCCGAAGAGAAUUCAAAUGGGAUCCAUGACGACAAACCUGGCGUUUCCAUGAAGAUCGUGGAGCUGACCAAGCCGGUCAGUGGCAAAGACAUUGACCUCGAGCUGGUACUGAACAGCAACGACAGUGAAACUCGGACACUAGUGAUCAAUGUCAAUGUUCAGGCCAUGAGAUACAACGGGAUCCCAUCCUCCCAGAUACAGACCGAAUUGAAAGAACAGAAGCUCCUUCCCAAGCAAGAUCUGACUAUACCCAUCCACAUCCCCUUCUCUGUGUAUGGGGAGAAAAUGCGGGAGAGCAACAGCAUCAAGGUUUCGGCUGUGGUCACAGACAAGGACAAGAGUGGGGCAGUGUACAUCACUGAGAAAGACCUUGUGCCAGAGAGCCCUUCGCUCACCAUCAAAGUCAUUGGAUCUGAAUUGCAGUAUAGUGACAUGACGGCAGAGGUUGUGUUUGAGAACCCUCUAUCCGAAGGUCUAAGAGACUGCUUCAUAACAGUGACCGGCAGUGGCUUGCUGACUGAAACAAUAGAAGCCAGAAUGCCUUUGCUAAAACAAGGGCAUCGACUACGUGUGAAGAUGCCCUUCACUCCAUACAGACCCGGUCCUAAGAAGCUAGUGGCCGGCUUCAACUGUGAUCAAUUCAGGGACAUUAAGGCAAGCUGCAAUGUGUACAUCAAACCCUUCACCAGUGUUGUCCCCCCACUGCCGUAGAUAGUAAAGCCCUCGUGAGAAUUACUCUAAUAACUUAAAUAAGUUCAUCAAUUUAUACCGUAUUUUCCUGUUAUAUCCUAUAUCAGCCUUUCUUAAAGUAUGGGUCGCGACCCUGACCUGAUAAUGGUGGGUCGUGACGUGUCAGAGUAAAUGUAUCAAUAUUUCAUAUAUGUCACGUGUCAAUACUUCACAGGAGAGGGAUUUGAACAUAAGCAUUUUUUUUUUAUCAGUGUCUGGUUUUUUUUGGUCUGAAAUGCCUUCUGGAACAUGUGAACUUUCAUGUUCCUUAAUAACAAAUGUGUUUCCAUCUAUAAAUACUAAUAAAAUUGUGAAAUUACGAGCCUAGUUGGUUAAGCCACUGAAAAAGGCAGGAAUCUUCUCGCUAGCCAAGAUUGGCUGAGAUAAUGUAAUGGCUGGAUAUGCCGAGACAUGAGUUCGAAUUGGUCUGCCAUGUAGCACGCUUCUGUCCAUAACAUGAGCUGGUCAGUAUGUGUUGCUCUCCACUUUCUAGAGGAGCUAGUUUUCAAAUCAGUGGAAUGCCCGGUGGAAUUAGAAUACUUUCCGAAGGCACUGAAUAUUUUCAGAUAUUAUUAAUUCCUAAUUUAGUCAGAAAUUCGCUUUGAUUGCAAGUGAAAUAAGUUCUGCAAUUUAUACUGUAUUUACCAAUUUAUAUGCGUACUGUUAGCUAUGAUCUAUGUAGUAAUAUAAUUCGUAUCUCAGAACCACUUGCAUUGCUAGUUAUAGCCUAAUGUUAGCUAGCUAGCUAACAUUGAACCUGGUUGGUUCUACUACCCUGCAGGUUCAUGUAGGGUAGUAACGUUAUGAGUUGAGAUUAUGGUUUAAUUGUUUAGCUAAAUAGCUAGACUCCACUAUUCAAGUAAACAUUCCACUAUACCUUCUGGAUCCUGUGCAUGUGACAAAUGUUGGUUUUAUUUGAUAUAGUAUGUGUUUACCAGAGACGGUAAUGUGAAGAACAUGACCUGCACCAGAGUCAAAUUAGGAUUUAACGUUAGGUCAAUGGGACCGUGUCCAAGUUGUAACAUUCUCUGGUAGAAUGUCCUGCUUCUAUUUCAUCACACUCACAACCAUAAGCUAUUUUCUAGUUCUGCUAUUUUUGAAACCCAGGCUGUUGAUGUCAUGCAGCCUGUAGUUUUUGUGUUCAUACUUUUUCAUAACACCAAUGACAAGUUUAAUGUCGGACGAAAAUAUAUAUAUUUUUUAUUUAUUUAUUUUACUAGGCAAGUCAGUUAAGAACAAAUUCUUACUUUCAAUGACAGCCUAGGAACAGUGGGUUAACUGCCUGUUCAGGGGCAGAACGACAGAUUUGUACCUUGUCAGCUCGGGUUUGAACUUGCACCCUUCUGGUUACUAGUCCAACGCUCUAACCACUAGGCUACCACUAGGCUACCCUGCUGCUCCAAUGAUAUCGCUGCGACAACUGUUGAUACACGUAGUAUAAACCAGCCUUUAAUCUUGAAAUCUUUGGUUGUUUAGUACAUGGCCUCACAUGUGAAUCCUUAAAGAGAUAGGUGGGACUAAGGCUUAAGAGGGUGUGAACAAUGCUGAAUGGGUGGAGACAAAGAAGAGCUCCUCAAUAGUAGUACUGAGGAGGGUCAUUUUCUCAAAAGUGUACAUCUUACUGUAUACAUUAUUGUUGACUGGUGUGGCUUCUUAAUGCAUUUUAAAUUGUCAAAUAAAAUCAAAUGCAUAACUUGCAUAAAUAUC